AUGCCUAUUCCUCGUACGUCUAUCGAAUCAUCACUAUUAAUGGCUACUACAAAUGAAUUAACAAAUGGAAAUAAAAUACAAACAUCAGAUGCGAAUUUAUCUAUGGAAUAUGAGACACCACCUAUGGAUAUUUUGCCAAUGGAUGAUGAUGACGAUGAUGAUGACGAAGAAGAAUAUGAAAGUGAUGGUGAAGAACAAGAAAUAGCAUAUAAUCCUGCUUGUCAUAUAUGUGGACUUUCAUCAUAUACACAUCAAUGUCAAGGCAACUGUCGAUAUUAUUUUCAUCGUGAAUGUGUUGGUGUUUUUGAUGAACAACAAACUUUGAUUUGUCCAGAAUGUUUAGCAAACCGUUUAAUAUGUACUCUGUGCCAACAAGUAAUUACUGAUAAUGAAUUAAAAUGUGGAUUUAAUCAAUGUAAUCGAAUAUAUCAUUCAUCAUGUUUAAUGAAUUCAAAUUUAACUGCAACUUUCCCAUCGGGUGUAACUUAUUGUCCUCUUCAUACUUGCGCAACUUGUCAUUUACAUAAACGACCAAAUGAUAAUAUAGGUCAUCUUUUUACCUGUUUGUAUUGUCCAACAGCUUAUCAUGGUCAUGAGCGUUGUCUACCAGCUGGUUCUCUAUCAAUAUCAUAUUCAUCAUCACUUUGUUGUCCAAUUCAUCUUCCAAAUGAACGAAAACCAGUACGUUCAAGUAUUGCUCCAUAUUGUUACAUUUGUGAGCAAUCAACUCGAACAAUUGAAUGUUUUGUUUGUAUUGAAUGUCCAACAACUAUUCAUCAAUCAUGUUUAACAUCUAAAGAUGAUGAAAAACCAACAAAUUGGAAAUGUGAUGCUUGUUUAAAUAAUUUAAAACCAUUAUAUGGUGAUAUAUGUUGGAUUAAAAUGGGAAAAUUUCGAUGUUGGCCAAGUCGAAUAUUACAUGAACGUCAUGCACCAGAUAAUUUACUUGCACAAGAACGUACAGUUGGAGAGUUUCUUGUACAUUUUUUUGGUUCAAAAGAAUUUUUUUGGGCUAAUAAACAUCAUUAUUUAUCAUUUGAAAAUCGUUGUAUUAAAUCAAAAGAUUCACGUGAUUUUCAUGCUGCUGAACAAAGUUUUAAAGAUGGUCUUCGCGAAGCUAAACGUCUUUAUAAUCGUUUAAAACAAUUUUAUGCAACAAAUCUAGUUGAAAAUUAUGGUGAAGCAACUAAACUUGAAGAAAUGACAUUAGAUGAUGCAUAUGAUGAAUUAGAAGAUGAUGAUGACGAUGAUGAAACAGAUGAUGAAUCUGUGGAUAUGAAUUCUGAUGAAUCAAUAACAAAUGAUCAAGAAAAAACUUCAACAGUUAAUGGACGUUCAAAAUUAAUUGAUAAAAGUGCUAAUAAAAGUGGACAAAUGCCUGUUUAUAGGCAUAUUAAAACAUUAAAACCAGUUGGUGAAGCUCAAAUUCUUCGGUUACCAUUAGCAGAAUUAUCUCGUUGUGAUUGUGAUCCAAAUAAACCAGAUCCAUGUAGUUCCGAUGAACAUUGUCUUAAUCGAAUGCUUAAAUAUGAAUGUCAUCCACAUGUUUGUGCUGCUGGUGACAAAUGUAAAAAUCAGCGCUUUCAAAAACGUAAUUAUCCUGCUCAACAAGUGUUUUGGACAGCUGGUCGCGGUUGGGGUCUCAGAACUCUAGUACCAAUAAAAGAAGGCGAAUUUGUAAAUGAAUAUGUUGGUGAACUAAUAACCUAUGAAGAAACUGAACGACGUGUUAAAUUAGCUCGUAAGAAUAAUGUCAAAGAUUUUUAUUUCCUUGUUCUUGAUAAAGAUCGUGUUAUUGAUGCUGGACCACGUGGAAAUUUAUCACGUUUUGCAAAUCAUAGUUGUGAUCCAAAUUUACGUACAGAAAAAUGGAAUAUUAGUGGCGAUCUACGUGUUGGUUUAUUUGCUAUACGUGAUAUUGCAGCUGGCGAAGAAUUAACAUUUGAAUAUGGUGUUGAAUCGGAAUUUCGUGGUGAUACAAUAUUUCAUUGUCUCUGUGGAGCUGAAACAUGUACUGGCUUUAUGGGUCGAUCAAAAAGACUUGGCGGAGUUCCAUCAUUAACUGAUACAUUAUCACUAACAUCGGGUACAAACGGAGUUUCAAACAGUCGUUAUAGCAAUAAACAUCGUAUACGUACAUCAAAUAUAACUGGUGAACAAGAUGUUGAUACGUGUUUUGGUUGUGGUCUAACAGGUCAAUUAAUAGCAUGUCAAAUGUCAAAAUGCUCAAGAAAAUUUCAUCCAAAAUGUAUUAAAGUUAAAGGACAAUCAUUUCGAAAUCGUUCUCCAACUCAACGUUGGAUAUGUCCAUCACAUCGUUGUGAUAUAUGCGGUAUUGAUGCAAGCAUAGCAUGUGCUGAUUGUUUAAAUUCAUUUUGUGCUGAACAUCGAACAGAAAAUAUGCGUGGCAUAUAUUGUUUACUUCAUGGACAUGAAUAA